AUGAUUCGAGUUUUGGGCUGCGCAAAUAAAUUACCUAAAUGGGUUACGCACUUUUCAAUUGGCCACGCUGCAGUUAAUUACUCCAAAAACAUGAGUGUGGAUCUCGCUGAAUAUGAUGUUGAAAUUAUGGAGUUAUGCAGGCAAGAGAAAAAGCGUCAGCGACUUGGCUUAGAAUUGAUAGCUUCAGAGAAUUUCGCUAGUAAAGCAGUCCUACAGGCUUUAUCCUCUUCAUUCCACAAUAAAUAUUCUGAAGGUCAAGUGGGUGCCAGAUAUUAUGGUGGUAACGAAAUUGUCGAUAAAAUGGAAACUUUAUGCCAGAAACGUGCUUUGUCCUUAUUCGGUCUCAAUGAAUGCGAAUGGGGUGUUAAUGUACAACCUUACAGUGGAUCACCUGCUAACUUUGCUGUGUAUACAGCAUUAGUUGGUCCUCAUGGUCGUAUUAUGGGACUAGAUCUACCUGAUGGUGGACAUCUUACACAUGGAUUUCAAGCUGCAUCUGGUCGAAAGGUGUCAGCUACUUCGUUGUACUUUGAAUCGAUUCCGUACAAAGUUGAUCCUGAUACCGGAUUGAUAGAUUAUAAUCGUUUAGAGAUGUUAGCUCGUGCUGUUCGUCCAAAAUUAAUUAUUGCUGGAACUUCAGCUUACUCUCGUCAUUUGGACUAUGCACGAUUUCAGCAAAUUGCUGACUCGGUUUCAGCUGUUUUAUUUGCUGAUAUGGCCCAUAUUAGUGGUUUGGUAGCAGCUGGUGUCCAUCCUAGUCCUUUUCAAUAUUGUGAUAUAGUGAUGACUACCACGCAUAAAACACUUCGUGGCCCUCGUGGUGCAAUGAUAUUUUAUCGUAAAGUUGCUAGACUUCAGAAAAGUGGUGUCAUGCAAAAUGGAAGCCAUGGUGAUCCAGUACCGACAGAUUUUGAACGUCGCAUAAAUGAAGCUGUCUUUCCAGGACUACAAGGUGGACCUCAUAAUAAUACAAUUGCCGCUUUAGCUGUCGCUUUAAAGGAAGCAGCAUCACCAGAAUUUCGAACUUAUCAACAACAAGUGCUGAAAAAUAUGAAACAACUUUGCACAUCAUUAAAAGCCUUUGGCUACGAGUUAGUAACUGGAGGCAGUGAUACACAUUUAUGCUUGGUAGAUCUUCGUCCAAUGAAAAUAGAUGGUGCACGAGCUGAAAAAGUUAUGGAGCUAGCACAUAUUACUGUGAACAAAAAUACUUGUCCUGGUGAUGUUAAUGCUUUAAGACCUGGUGGUUUACGUCUUGGAAGUGCUCCAUUAACAUCACGUGGUUUCUGUGAAGAAGAUUUCAUUAAAGUAGCCGAAUUUCUACACCAAGGUAUCCAAAUUGCUAUUAAAGCGAAUCAAGCAGCAGGUGGCAAAUUGUUAAAAGAUUAUGAAAAUGUACUUAACACCAAUGAUGAAAUUCGCGGAAUGAUCAGUGAUUUGAGACUUCAGGUGGAGAAUUUCGCUUCCAAAUUCUAUAUGCCUGGACUUGAAGAUUUUUAA